AAACGACGUUCCUACAAUAACAAGUACUUAACAACACAAUUCUACUUUCAAUUUCUUCACCAUACUGAUCUCUCCCCUACAUUCAUAAUCACAAAUUAACCAACAACAUGAAGCAAAUUGUGGUGCUCAAGGUGUCCAUGGAUGGGCAGAAGUCUUUUUUCUGUAUUAUGGCUGGACAGGAGCCCCGCACCAAAGCCAUGAAGAUUGCAGUUAGCGUUCCAGGGGUGGAAGCAGCAAGUUUGAAAGGGGACAACAAGGACCAGAUAGAGGUGAAAGGGGAAGGGAUUGACACCGUCAAACUUACGAAGUUGAUCCGGAAGAAAGUGGGGCAUGCAGAUAUAGUAAGCGUGGCGGAAGAGAAGAAAGAAGAGAAGAAAGAAGAUAAGAAAGAAGAGAAAAAGGUUGGGGAAGUGCAACUGAUGUGGCCGUACGCGAGUGGUGUGCCUAAUUACUACCCAAUCUAUCACGAGAUGAACCAGGAGUAUCCCUGCAAUCCUUCUUGCUCCAUCAUGUAACUAUUUAUUUAUUUAUCAAUAUAUAAUAGGGAGAGUACAUAAUUUCCAUGACCGAAGAGAAGAUGAUAUCUAAAAUCAGGUAGGAAGUAAAAACUAAGAUCUUAGCUAAGUUCACUCCAAGAUUCUCUUUGUAAUGUCUAUUAUAAUUCAGUUGAGAACUAAUGAGUUUUUUCUGUUUUGGUUGUAGUUGAUUCUGCAGCUUGAUUGUAUCUAGUUGGAACACUUGUAUGUAGUUUGACUGCAUGUUGAGUUUGAUUUAUAAAGAUUUUA